GCCCUGUUAUCGUCAUAUCUACACUGCCUACAUUUAAAUAUCAAGAAAUAAACUUGAUUAGAAUUUUUUGGUUUAAAAAAAAAAGCAUACAUUUUUUGUGCAUACCUUAAGUUUAAAACCUGGUUUAAUGGCUAAUAAUGGGAUAACAGGAAAUAUGUCUUUACUCUCUUGGGGUGUUUUGUCUUUAUUUAGUGAGCUCGGCGUCUCUCUUGAGCACGUCGAGGCAUUGUUUCUGUCGAUCCAAGAGAAAAAAAAAGUCCAUUGUUGUUGCGAACUUUUUAAUCUGGGGAUUUAAAGCCCAUCACAUGCUCAGACCGACUGCGGAGCACUCCACGAAACACAACAGGCAAACUAUUGCCGAAGUGCAAAGAAGGGCGUUUUUAUCCUCACAUCGCAAUGCAAGCGCACUUUUCUGGACCUUAGGAUCGCAGGGGGAUUGUGUUUAAGAGCUAAGACAGAGAAACCCUUUUUUCCCCUUUUCCUGGAGAAAUCUGACCACCAACAUUUAAAGAUAAACAUGACGCAAAAGUACAGCCAGCGGUCUCUAAUUGUUUUGUCUUUACUGGGGAUUUUAUCGGCCAUUAUGUCGGUUUUAUCGGUGAUUUUGAUUUUCCAGCUGCAGUCACAGCAGACGGCGGUGAAGGAAUCACCCCCGUCCACCUCCUCGGUCAUACCCGCUCAUGUCUGGGCCGUCCUGCUGCCAGUGGCCACAGUGCUCUCCGCUCUGUCCCUCACUCUCAACUUGAGCUCUGUGGUUGUGUGUCUCCUCCACAGCUAUUUUUCAACCGAGGUCUGCAGAGGAGAACAGGAUACAGAAAGAGCAGAUUGGUUCCUUCUGGACAGCAGAGCAGUACGACAUGUGGCUAUUGGACUCUUCUGUCUGGGGGUUUCCGUCUAUUUAAUAGCCAUGUCCAUUUUUAUGCUCCUAAUAUUCGAGAUGGAGACUGGAAUUGCAAGUGCUUGUGUACUUUCCUCUGGGAUCCUGAUCCUGCUGGUGGCUGUAAUACAUGCUCUGGUUAAAGCUUCCCAUACUGGGAAGCACUAUCACAGCGACCAUCUUGACACCCUGUAUCGUAACGACCACGGAAGUAGCAGCGCACCUGUUUCUCGGCCCUGUGAAUUAAAAAUUGGAGUGGACAAACCACGGAUCCUUCGCAGCCAGUCUCACCUCCAGCAUCAGAUCGCCUUCACUCAAUGUGGUGACCCGAGACAGCGAGAACAAUAUCAGCAACAGCAGUACUCCCCUACGGGAGGUUCACAGGGCCACUCUAGUGAUAAAGAUGCUUACAGCAGUGGUGGCAGCUAUCCCCGAAUGCACAGGACACUGUCUACUGAAUCUGGUUUGCUACAGGCCCAGGUUAAACCCUGGAAUGGGGUCAACAAUGAGAUGAGGAGCGUCCUUGCACGAAAGUCAGGGAUUUGUGCAAAAGACUCUACUCUCGUGUGA